AUGCCCAAGCGCAAGCUGGCGCUCUGGGCGGCUGCGCUCUGCGCUACAGCCACACACGUAUCUGCAUAUUCGAUAUCGAGAUAUGAUGUAUUGCUAUCACGACAAGCAAACACUUGCUCUGUCUCCGGCUUCUCACCCUGCCAGUACGGCAACUUCCCCAACAAUUUCUGCUGUCCAGCCGGGCAAACAUGUCUAGCGCUGGCUGGCAACACUACGAUUCUCUGCUGCCCCAACAACGUUUCCUGCCGGCGUAUCGCGCCGAUCCCCUGCGAAAUCUCGCUGCAGGAUGUCUCCAAAAACCCGGAUGCCGUGAUCAAGACGACGGCCUUGAACGUGCCACUCGGGAAGUGUGCCAACGCUUGCUGUCCGUUUGGGUACUCUUGCAAAGACGACGAGUGUGUCAUGAAUGAUGACCAGUCGAAGGUGCCGGAGGGGUUCAAGCCUAGCACGACGGUUGCUCUUACGCCAACAUCAACGUCAGAAGCGUCAUUGGCAACAUCACGUCUGUCAUCAACAUCCACAUCCCCAACCUCGACAGCCAUUUCCGUCCCGGCCGAAGAUGGCGGCGAAGAGGGCAAAAAGUCCGGCAUUCCCGUCGGCGCAAUCGCAGGGGGCGUGACAGCCGCGGUAGUGAUUAUUAUGGGGACGGCCAUCCUCGCUUGCAUCUUCUACCGCAAGCGGCAAGCUGCCAACAGCUCGCCCAAGUCCAAGCACUCCUACAUCAGCGCGCCCAUCCCUUACGGCGAGACCAUCCGCACCGACUUCAACGCCAAGGCGGCGGCCAAAAACGCAAACUAUGAUUCCGAGUUCGAGCCGGAUAGUGUUACGGGAGCGGUGCUCAAGGACAGGAUGACCCCUUCCGUGUCGCAGGGGGCGUCACCUGAUAUGGGUAAUGCCUACGGCACCAGCAAAGAGGGGUAUGGAGGAUACGGCGGGCUAGGCACCACCACCAGUGGUGAUAACAAAGCCCCGCCCCGUCUCGAAAUGCCCACCUUCAGCAUCUCCUCCAGCGAAGAAGAUAACUAUCGUACCGACGUCUCGCCGCUCUCAUCCGACGGCUACAGCCCCAACGAUACCAACACCAAGUAUGGACCAAAUAACAACGCCUCUACCUCCCAACAAGCGCAGGCAGCUCGCGAGCCAAGCUCCAUGACCCUCCCGUUCUGUGCAGAUCCGAACAUCACCCGCGAUAGGACAGGAAGGUUCAGGGAGUACCAGUAUGGUGCUCUACCGGAUGAUGGGGACACGGAUCGGAAGCGUGAGACGCGCAUGACCACGUUUACGCAGAUGCUGGAGAGCGUGGAUUUGGGGGGCGUCGUGAGGGGGGAGGGGUAUGUCCCCAGGAAGUUGACGUAG